AUGGCUCCUUCUACAAGACACUCCCAGAAUCUGGGCCAUGUCGUUGAAUACAUUCCAGACCGACUCUAUCUGGGCGCUUAUGUGCAUCCUCCGACUCCCGAUACUCCGCUCCCCGGCACGGAAUCCCCACGAAAGCGACCAUCGCGAUAUGCGGACGGAGCUGCUCCGGCUCCUCUCGUGACCAACCGAAACCCUCCAUGCUACUUCACAGUUGACGACACUCUUUUGUACAACGCCUUUCACCACGACUUUGGCCCUCUGCACAUUGGCCACCUGUACCGCUUUGCCAUCAAGUUCCACGAUAUCUUGGGCGCCAAGGAGAACCGAGACCGACCCAUUGUCUUCUACAGUGCUGCUGAUCCGAGGAGUCGCGCAAAUGCCGCCUGUAUGCUAGCUUGCUACAUGGUUCUGAUUCAGAACUGGCCGCCUCACUUGGCCCUGGCUCCGAUUGCACAGAUUGACCCUCCCUUGAUGCCCUUCCGAGAUGCCGGCUACAGCCAAGCCGACUACGGUAUCAGCGUCCAAGACGUGGUAUAUGGUGUGUGGAAGGCCAAGGAAGAGAAGUGCUGCGACCUGGACAACUUCGACUUGGACCAGUAUGAGAUGUACGAGCGAGUCGAGCAUGGCGACUUCAACUGGAUUACUCCCAAUUUUCUUGCCUUUGCCUCUCCUCAACAUACGCCAGUGGCCAAGAUUACCGAGGACUCUGAGCUAUAUCCCUUGCUUCCCAGGGAUGUGGCCGCAGUCGAAGCUCACCCGCUUCUGCCCCAGCCUUUCAAGAACGUGCUCUCCCACUUCACUGAGCGCAACAUUGGCUUGGUUGUCCGAUUGAACUCUCACCUCUACUCCCCAUCCUACUUCGAGUCUUUGGGAAUUCAGCAUGUCGACAUGGUUUUCGAUGACGGAACUUGCCCGCCUCUUUCCAUGGUUCGCAAGUUCAUUCGCAUGGCUCAUGAGACCAUCACCGUCAAGAAGAGGGGCGUCGCUGUUCACUGCAAGGCUGGCCUUGGUCGAACCGGCUGUCUCAUUGGUGCCUACCUGAUCUAUCGUCAUGGCUUCACUGCCAACGAGGUCAUCUCUUUCAUGCGGUUUAUGAGACCCGGUAUGGUUGUUGGACCCCAACAGCACUGGCUGCACCUCAACCAGGGAACCUUCCGAGAGUGGUGGAUCGAGGAGCGCAUCGAACGUAAGCUCAGGAGAGAGCUUGCUGCUGCUGCUGCCGCCGGUCACCCGGCACCCCAGACGCCUAUGCGAGCCAUCAAGUCUGCGCGUAACAACCAGACGACGACACCCUCCAACCGGAGCCCGUCUAACCGCACACCCCUUAGCGAGGUAGAUCAAGAUCGCAACAAUGUCGGAGUUCAUGAAGACUAUUUACCGGCGCCAACGCCUGGUCAGCCGCGAAAAGCGGCGCGAGAUCGGCGGAAUCAUUAUCAUAGAACAGAUGCUUUUCAGGCGGCAGCAGAGGAGCAGCUCUUAGAGCAGCAGCAGCAUCAGCAGGAGGAAUCACCGCCGCCACCCUCGCCACAGCGUCGUUCCCAAGGCGCAGAGUCGGAUGAGGAGCAUCACCUGCGGAUGCGAAAGCAGCGCAAGGCGGCGCAGUCAGCCAGCCGGAACGAAAAGACUCACUCGACGAGCCAGAAUUCGAGUCCCUAUGUCAUCGACAAUGACGCCUCAUUCGAUGCGGAGAAUAUUGGUUCCGUGAAACCCAAAUCUGCCGAUAGGGUUCCCAGCCAGCCUGGCACCCUCGCCAAGGUCCGGACCAGGCGGCAAGCUGCGGAUUCACCCUUGAGAUCCAAGGAAUCUGCUGGUGUUCGCAAGACCAGCGGCCGCGUUGGUAGUGCUGGGGUGGGCGCGUCAGUAUCGUCGACGGGUCGCAGAGUCUCGGGCACGUCUUAG